AUGUCACAAGCAAUUCCACAUCUUCAAAGGAAUGCCGUCAGCCAUCAGCUUUUCGUCAAGGGAAAACCCUUCCUCAUCUUGGGCGCGGAGCUGCAAAACUCCUCCAUGACAUCGGCCGCCUACAUGCGGACGGUGUGGCAGAAGCUCGUGGACAUGCACAUCAACACCGUCCUGGGCUGUGUCUGUUGGGAAUCAAUCGAACCGAUCGAAGGCCAGUUUGAUUUCACCAAACUGGACCAGGUCAUUUACGACGCCAGAUCGCACCAUCUCCACCUGAUCCUCCUCUGGUUUGGGUCCUUCAAAAACGGUCUAUCGACCUAUGUCCCGAGAUGGGUCAAGACGGACUACAAGCGGUUUCCACGCAUGCAUAUCAAAGCAGAAGAUAGUGGUAACAGCGACAGUGACAGUAUCAAGCUGCAGACAGCCGACGUCCUGUCCAUCUUCCACACCGAGGCCCAGAAAUGUGACGCGAGGGCGUUCGGGGAGCUCCUCAAACAUCUCAAGCAGGUGGAUGGCGACCAUUCGACUGUCAUCAUGGUGCAAGUCGAGAAUGAGACCGGUCUGUUGGGCGAUUCUCGCGAUCGGAGCGCCGCGGCAAAUAAGCGAUUCGCAGAGGAUGUUUCGGCCGAUCUGCUUUCGUUCUUGGAAGAGGAAUAUGACACCCUCCAUGAAGAUCUAAAAGAGAAUUUGGAACAUUUCACCAAAUACAUCAAGUCUCCGGUGGAAGAGCGGAAGUCCAAGUCGUGGGAGGCAGUUUUUGGUAAAGGCAAGCAUACUGACGAGCUUUUCAUGGCCUAUCACUAUGCGAAAUACUUGGACCAAGUUGCUGCUGCGGGCAAAGCAGAAUAUCCGAUCCCGUUGUAUACCAACGUUUGGCUGAACUAUAUGGGCAAAGACGGUGAUAACGAUUUCCCGGCUAUUGUCGGAGGAGGUGGUGACCCAGGUGAUUAUCCUUCUGGUGGCGGGGUCAGCAAAGUGUUGGAUAUCUGGCAGAAGUUCGCGCCAAAUCUCGACUUUAUCUCCCCAGAUAUCUACCUCAAUGACUAUGUGGUCUCGUGUCGUCAGUACCGACACCGCAACCAGCCACUGUUUAUCCCAGAACAACGGCGUGAUGAUUAUGGCGCUCGUCGAGUCUGGGCCGCAUUUGGUUCGCAUCAGGCGCUGGGCACCUCGCCGUUUGGAAUCGACACUCUUGAAGUCGAGGGGAAUCCCUUUACCACCACAUAUGGCCUUCUGUCUUCCAUGUCGGAUAUAAUUCUCGAUGCACAACGUCGACCUGGUUCCAGUCUGGGCUUUUUCUUCGACGAGCUUCCUCCGCCACCGUCAUCACCAGAUGAAAAGCAGCGACCCGACCCAUCACCUCCCAUCACUGCUACCUUUGGCGGCUAUGAGGUGCGUAUCGAGCGCUGCUUCGUAUUCGGUCGUCCCGGCCCCGGCGCCGGUAUGAUCAUCCAUGCUAAUUCUGAUGUUCCGUCCGAGCCUCCCCGGUUUAUCUUGAUCGGAUAUGGCUUCCAGGCUGUCUUCCGGUCCCUGAACCCCAAGUCCACCUUCACUGGAAUUCUCGAAUUCCUUGAAAAGGAACCCGUUAAAGGACCUGACGGCAGGACAGAACUGCGGACCCUGCGCCGAUUGAAUGGCGACGAGACCCGGUCAGGUAGGUUCGCGAUGAUGCCCGGUUUCGACCCCGACUAUGGCGGGUUUCCGAUCUGCGUGACGAUUCCGGCCCGGACGAUGGUGGCCGAGGUGGAGCCGUAUUCACUGGAGGAAGAGGGGGAGUUGUAG